AUGGACGCAAAGAAGGAGUCCGAUCCGCAUAUUGGGCCAACGCAAGGCAAGAGUACUGCCCCGAGUGGCCGCGACUACAUGUACCAUCAAAAGUCGACUUUGAGCGCGCACAACCUUCACAAGCGGAGGGGAUUUCCUGGCCUCUUGAUCGGGGAUGAGCCCGAGCCAGAAACCCAGUUUACGACUCAUGCCAUCAAAGCGUCUGGUAUAGGACUCCCGCAGAGACUCUUUCGGGAUGAGCAGGGUGAUCCCGAGGAGUCGCGCCGCCACAGUGAGGCCUCUGGCUCAAGACCGACACCCGAGUAUUGUUCCUCUCCUCAUAUUCCGCGACCGCUUGUGGACACCAUUGCCGUCAGAUGCCCUCAUGAGGCCCAUGAGGACAAUGUCCCAGGAACACAAUGCUGCCCGUUCUCUGACCUCAAACUUGAGCUGUUCGAGGCCAUAACUGCGAUCAUCGUUGCUGUAAAGUGGAUCUCGUCCCUCAACCGAGGAUACUGCAGCGAGGACAGAUGCGAAGCUUGCAAGAAGACUAUAGGGCAGCUCAACGAGCUGUGUCCUGAGGCUUUUGGCCCGCCGAUCAUGACGCCGUGCCUCAUCCUGUCGCUGACGCGCGAGGACCUGAAGAGUUCUGGAACGCUCACAAUCGAUGCCGAUCGGUGCCUCUGCUUUGAAAACAUCGACCGUCCGACUUAG